AUGCGCGGCGCACUAAGGUGCAGUGCCGCUUUGCGCUAUCCUCGGACUGUAAGGCCUUUGACGGAUGGCGGCAGAUGUGCGAGGUCCAUUCGGACAAGCGCAGCGCCACAAGCCUGGAGAACAGGCUCAUGUUACCGCAAAACACAACCAGAAUUCGCGAUCCAAGGCGCAAAACUAUCAACAUCAUGUCCCACCCGUUCUCGAUCAAUGGCGACGGUAGUCGACGCCAAGCCUGCUCAUGGCGGAGGUCCAAUUCCGGAGUAUGACAGAAGAGUUGCAGCAGGCAGGUUGCGAAAUGACGAGCAUCAAAGGGGAAUCAUCCAGAAUUUCCAAAACUUAUAUCAUGAGUUGGAACGAUACGACGCCCCUCCUGUUGAGCAUCCCAGCAUCGAAUCUCUAAAACCUACAAAGAAGUCCAUAUUCUCGUCGCUUUUUAGCGGAGGCAGCAGCAAGCCUGCUAUCAAGGAUAUCCCCAGCGACCUCCCAAAAGGCCUCUAUCUACACGGCGACGUUGGCUGCGGCAAGACCAUGCUGAUGGACUUGCUAUACGACACCCUACCCCCAUCAGUCAAGUCGAAAAGUCGCAUUCACUUUAACAAUUUCAUGCAAGACGUACACAAGCGAUUGCAUAGGUUCAAAAUGGAGCACGGUAUUGAUAUUGAUGGUGUGCCAUACAUCGCGGCCGAUAUCGCUCAGCAGGGAAACGUUCUCUGCUUCGACGAGUUUCAGUGCACAGAUGUGGCAGAUGCCAUGAUUCUGCGAAGACUGCUCGAAUCUCUCAUGUCCCACGGUGUUGUUCUCGUAACAACCUCCAACAGACAACCCGAUGAGCUAUAUAAGAACGGCAUCCAGCGAGAGUCUUUUAUCCCUGCCAUCGAACUCCUCAAGAACCGUCUGCAUGUCAUCAACCUCGACUCCCCUACGGAUUACCGAAAGAUCCCUAGACCACCGUCCGAUGUUUACCACACACCACUCGACAGCAAUGCCCAGGCCCAUGCAGAGAAAUGGUUCCGGUACCUUGGCGACCCUGAACAGCCCGAGCCUCGCCCUGAGGUACAAUCAGUUUGGGGUCGUGAAAUCUAUGUUCCACGAGUUAGCGGACGGGCAGCGUGGUUUACAUUUGAUGAGCUGAUCCGACAACCGAAAUCCGCUGCCGACUUUAUCGAGCUGGUACGCGCCUAUGAAGCUUUCAUCGUUACCGAUAUCCCCGCAAUGACCCAUCAACAACGAGAUCUUGCCCGGCGUUUCAUCACGUUCAUUGACGUUGUCUACGAGGGCAACGCCAAGCUCGUUCUUACUACAGAAAAGCCCCUAUCAGAGCUCUUUGUCUCCCGUGACGAGAUCGCUGAAAGCCUCAUGAAGCAGGGUGUGAAGCACGAGCAUGCCGAGAAAGCUGCUGAAAACCAUGACCUGGUGCAUAACGUCAAUAAGCUUAAGGACUCAAACUUGUUUGCUGGCUCCGAAGAAGCUUUUGCAUUUGCUCGAGCGCUCAGUCGAUUGCGACACAUGGAGAGUAAGGAGUGGGUGGAGAGGGGAAUGGGCCUUGAGAGUCAAGGCGGCAAGUCGGAUAAGGACAACUGGAACAAGGCGAGGAGUCGACAGAUGGAGGAUUCCAUGUGA